AUGAAGGACCUUUACCAGAGUGUGCCGGAUCAAGACUCGUCGGAAGACUUGUCAAACGAGGAAAAAUGGGCAUCGCCACGCCCAGAAACCAGAGACCAGUGGAGCUUCCGGUCAAGGCUCAUCACGGCGCUCAACGCCGUCUUCUUCGUCGCGUCGUGCGGGAUGCUGUUCAUCUCGUGGAGAUGGCUCGACGACCCGAUUCGCUUGAUGAAGCGGGUUUCGCCAUACAGCCCGAUCCUGGACAGUCUGCCGAUCAAGCUGGAGACGGUUGAAGUCAAGGGGACGCUCUUCAACGACUACACGCCCCCGCGCAUCUGGCGAAGGCCGCCAAGCGAAGAGGUCGAUAAGGCCUGGGACGAUGUGGCGCGGAUCGAGUACUUUGGCGUCAGCGGCGAGGCCCUCAGGAAGAUGGGCAAGGACCCCGAGAUAUCCGUUUCCAUCCCCGAGGAGUGGGGCGUCGGCCCCGACAAGUACCUGGUCGAGAUUGACAUGCAGCACCAGCUGCAUUGCCUCAACGCGGUGCGCAAGUACGCAUACUGGGACUACUACUACGGCGACUCGUACAGGAACAUUUCCAUGGCGCCCAAGAGGCAUCAGGCGCACUUGGAGCACUGCAUCGACAUCCUGCUGCAGGCACUCACGUGCAACCCCUCUCUCGACUUAAUAUCGCAUAACUGGAUGAGGACGCAAGAGAACCCCUAUCCGGACUUCAACAUCAAGAGGCAGUGCGUCGCGCACGAUCCCAUAUUGAAAUGGCAGCAUGAGAACGGCAUCACGGAACAGAUCAUGAAGUAUAAAAACCUACCCAGGCCAGAGAAAUUCCCGGAAGUUGAGCCGGAGCCUUCCAUCUUGUUGAUUGGCGAAGACUUGGGUCAUCAUGUGUGA